CUCUAGCCAUCUUGACUUUUGUACCAAAUGGCCCGUUACAAGGACUAAACACAUGCAACCACUUUUUUAUUUUGAUCAUUCAUUAUUACUCCAUGGUCCAACUCUAUUAAAUUCGGCCCGCGAAACUUGGCUUCCCGUUGGAUCAACAAAUCCAUUAUCUAUCUCACUUGACACUUACUUCUUAGUACCCAGAUCUCAACCUUUUCCUCCCAUGUCCACCGCCCCUCCGCCGGUAUACUACAGCGGCGUCAGCCUCGGUUACGGCAUAGCUGUCGCUGUUAGCAUUCUUGUUUUCAUCUCCACCAUCAUGCUGGCUUCCUACGCUUGCAUCCGAGUCAAAUCCGGAGGUGGAAGAGAAGAGUCGAACCACCGGUCCCUAGAGCCCAUAAUGCUGGUGCUGGGCCAGGAAAAGCGGAUAAUAGAGUCGUACCCGUCCAUCGUACUAGGUGAAAGCCGGAGACUGCCGAAGCCUAAUAAUGGGCCGUGCUCCAUUUGCUUGUCUGAGUACUGUGCAAAGGAUACACUAAGGUGCAUUCCAGAUUGCAACCACUGUUUCCAUGCUACUUGUGUUGAUGAAUGGCUUCAGGUGAAUGCCUCUUGCCCACUUUGUAGGAACUCUCCUGCUCCUUCAACUAUUCCCACUCCCUUGUCUGAAUUUGUACCCCUGGCUUAUCAUUCUAGAUGACACCCACUUUAUUUUAUCCCACUCCACUCCACCCUACGCACCCCCACACCCUCUUGAAGUACAAUUGGAAGAGCAUGUUUGAUGGAGACUGUAAAAUUAAACUAGAUAGUAGAGCGGUAAGAUUUCAAUAUAUAUUUUUUCUUUUUUCUUUUUUGUUGUUCUACCAUUCAAUUCUCUUUACCAAACACACUACAAACCUAUACAGGAUACACAUUCAUGACUAGGUUAAAAUUUAUAGAAUGUGGUGGAUCGGUGGUAUGGCUUCUUCUUUUAUUUAAACUAGAUAAAGAUUUCAAAUUUGAUGCUAAUCACUGUGCUAUCUGUACCUUCUCCUGUUGUAAGCUUGCAAGGCCUAAUAGUAAGAAUUUAGAAUUAAUGAAAAUUGUGAUGGUACGUAAUCACUCUUUGACUGUCAAUUUUUGUUUGAGAUGAUUGAAUAUGGCGGAAACAACCACUAAUAAGUUGCACGUCUUCCUUGAAAUUCAAUAUGAAAUUCUACAAUACGUGAUAAAUUUAAGUAUGACUUUUAUUUGUGGUGUACGUAAAUAUAACGGUUGA